AUGACUGAAGUGGCUCCAAGCUGCACGGACAUGACAGCCCUGGCUCCUCCUCCUGCUCCGCUGGUCACCAGUAGGAAUGCGUCUCCUGCUCGAUCACCGUCCAAUCACAGCAACCCUCCAGGCUCUCGGCUGCAUUUAGCAAUAGAGCGACGGGAGGAACGAGAGAAGACAUGAGAGAUACAGGAGGUGAAGCGCGAUAAGGAGCGCCGUGCUCAGCAGCAGCUGGAUCGCUGCGCCGAGGAGCGAGGGAGGAAGAUGGAGGUGCAGAAGAGGAAGGAGCAGCAGCGCCGGGCUGCAGCCGGGGAGAAGAGACGGCAGCAGCAAGAGGCUGAAAAGGAGAGGCUGGAGGCCCUGGUUCGCCGGAGAGCUGGAGGCGCCGAGAGACGAGGAGGAGGAGGAGGAGGAGGAGGAGGAGGAGGAGGAGGAGGAGGCGGAGGAGGAGGAGGGGAGGCUCGAGACCACCUGGAUAACAGGCCUAAACGCUGGACGUGGGGAGGACCGCCUGACGGAGUAGAGGUUGGUGACUUCCUGUCUCCACCCGGGAUGGAUCCGCCAAUCAACAAGCAGCUCUCCAACUCGUCAGCCGCCCUCCAUUCACCAGAGAGAGUGUCUUUUGUGUCCCAUCGAACAGCUUCCCCCAGCAACCAGAGACCGAACAGAAGUUCCUCCAACCGCAGGAGCAUCGCUGGACCCCCAGAGGAUAUGUCCAAAGCCAAAACACCCACGGUGGAAAAUCCAAACACACCGGCCCGCAGUAACUCCUUCAGGGCCAACAGCAAGGGCCCCGCCACACCCAAACGGGUGAGGUCAAACCGGAGCCGCGCCCAGUCGCCCUGCUCCCCGGCCAGUUCCCCCUCCCCUCUGCGGAGGGCCACCACCCCCGGCACCGACGACAGAGGUCAUCCCGAGGUCAAAGGUCACAGCACCCUGGAGCGGAAAUCCACCAAGUCUGAGGCCUCGGAGAAAAAGAUCCCCAAAUCCACCAGCAAAGAACUGAACGCAGAGUCUCCUGGAACGCCGACGGGCCGGAGUGUCGGAGGGACGACGGACGCCGAGGAGGCGUCCAGGCUGCUGGCCGAGAGACGCCGUCUGGCCCGAAUACAGAAGGAGCUGGAGGAGAAGCAGCGGCAGGAGGAGGAGAGGCUGAGGGCCGAGGAGGAGCAGAGGAGGCAGCAGGAGGCGAGAGAGAGGCAGGAGAGAGCGGCGCUGCAGGCCGAGGAGGAGAGGGUGAGGAGGGAGGAGGAGAGGAGGAACCGGGAGGACGAGGAGAGACGGCAGAAGGAGCAGAGAUGGAAGGACAUGCAGGAUCAGCUGGACAGAGAGAGGGAGGAGGCCUUCCUGCGAGCUCAGAGAGAGGCCGAGAGGAAGAGGCAGGAAAGAGAGCUGCUGCACAUGCAGGAGGAGCAGGAGAGGCUGCAGAGGAAGAAGAGAAUCGAGGAGAUCAUGAAGAGAACUCGUAAGAGUGAAGCGGAGCCGCUGACUGGAGCUGCAGCCCCGUCUGAGGACAACGCUCCGCCUCCGGCCGAAGCCCCCGUCAUCAUGCUCGGACCGCUGGAGAACAAGAGCUUUGUGGACGAGCUGUCUGACGGAGUCCAGUCCAUGGACGUCAGUCCGGUGUCCAGGGACGAGCAGCCCAGCGUUCAUGAGUUCUCGCCGCUCACAGAGGGUCCGGACGGCUGCACCCUGGAGCAGCUGAUUGAGCUGGAGGCCCACAGCCAAGGACAGCAUCAGGCCGCCGAGACGCCCCCCUACCCCAAACUGCAGGCCGGCAGCGGGGUCGGAGACCUCAACAAGAACCUGCUGAUUCAAGCGUACAGCGCCGCCUCUGAAUCCACCCAACUGAUCAACAGCGUCGGGCCGAGCAAACUGGACGUCCAGUAGCCAGGACGUUCUCCAGCCGGUUUCUGUAGAAACGGGAUGAACAGACCAAGAGACCGCCACUUCUGUCUGCAGCAACAACAACAACAACAACAACAACAAUCAUCAUUUCCACAAGGAACGAAUGCAGAAAUAACUAAUUUCACAUCUGUAUUACCGAUCCUCGCCUAACAGUUUAGCUUCUGGCCACAUUUUGAGGCAGUGCAGACGAGCAGUUUAGACACAGUUUAAUAAAAAUCAUGCAAGUAAAGUGAAAUAUAUUUAAUGACAUGGUUUUGUGACGGAGAAGGAAGUUGUUGCAUGUUGUCAAAGGAAAAAGUUCUGGAAGGUAAAACGACUAAAGAACGCUUGCUGAAAACUUUAUCAUGUUAUAAAACUUACUGUGAAGGAACGAGGAUUAAAUUCUGUCUGCUUAAAUCUGCACAUCGAUUUACUACUUAAGUUUUUAAUGACCAGCCACCAACCAAACUCUGAAAAAACACAUUCUGUGUAUUUAGUUAUAACUUUUUUUGUAAAUUUGAUCUCAUCACACGAUUAUUUUGUAUAAUAUAAGUCAUUCUGGUGUAAUUUUUUUGACCAGCCAUUAACCAAACUCUGUGCACUUUUCUGCGUAUUUAAGGAAAAUCUCAUUUAAUUCAAAUAUUCAGCAAUAAACAUAAUGUAGUAUCUCCCUACAUUAUAGUCUGGUGCCAGGUGUCUAAUUCUGGUGAGGAAAAGGAAAUAAUUGUAGUUUUUCCAAUGUGAUUUUUGAGUUUUUGUGGGCUAAAAAUUGUCAUCAAAGCCUUUAAAAAUCCCCAAAGUUCAACAGAAUACAUCUUUUUUUGCAUUUAAGACUUGCACAAAAUUCCCAGACAUUCCUCAUUUCACCUCUUCCUGCUAAAGCAAGCAUUGCCCCGCUGCACUGCCUCAAAAUAUAACUCAAAGUAUCACCUGCUUUAAUCUGCUUUUUGUAAAAAUUGUGUAAAUAGAUCCGACUGGGUGGACUCUGUAGCAGUUUAUCUGGAGGGGAAGCAGUUAAAAAGAAAAAAAGACAAAAAGAAAAACACUGUUGUGUGAAUCCCGUGUAGCAUCUUCAGUGAGGACUAGUUGAGCUGUUAAUGGUCGUAGCCGUGUUCUUGAAUACAGUGUGUGGGAGUCUUCUCUCUUUCUGUCCGAUGGGUCCUGUGUGUUUAUCUCAAUUCAGAUCUGCUCUACUGCUGAAAGCGACUCUACUAAACUCAUAAAAACUGCUGUAGAUUUCUCCCGGAGAACAAACACCCAUCAACGACUGAUAUUAUAACCCGCUGAUGACAUCAUAAACACUUAGCCUGUCGCUUUGUUUUCCUGCUGCUCGUCCCUGGACGUGAUGUGGACGAUCCACAGCGAGGACGAGAUAAAUCCGUCGAAUUAUCUGUAUUUUUAUCUGCAGGAGGGGGAAUGUUGACACAGUGUGUUGUGUAUUCAUCUGGCACUGACUGUCACCGCGCUAGCUGCAGUUUUAUAGUGAACACUUAACGGUAGUCGUGUGUUUUCUCUGCUCUGAAGACGCUUGUAUCUCCACCUCCCCCACCACAGCUAAAAUAUACCUCACCUAUUCAGAACAGAGUCUGGUGUUAAACAGGCGUCUCCACCUUUCUCAUCACCUCUGAGGCCUUAAACCUCUGUGCAGUCAAAGAAACCCGUCCUCUGUGCUGUCAUCCAGCAUGUGACACCUUCUGCUGUUUUAAAGCCCCUAUUCCACUAAAAGAGACGAGAGGAAGAGAAACAACAAGCUACCAACCAAACUCAAUGCAAAUUUCUGAGUAUUUAAGGAAAAUGACAUUCAAUUUAUCCUGUUCUUGUUUUUUUUUGUUAAUUUGAUCCCCCUACAUUAUGGUCUAUUGCCAUGUAUGUAAUUCUGUUGAAGAAUACUUCAUUCCUUUAGUGUUAAUAACCAGCCGCCAACCAAACUCAAUACAAAUUUCUGAGUAUUUAAGGAAACUUGCAUUCAAUUUAUGUAGUUUUUUUUUGUAAAUCUGAUCUCUCUUCAUUGUUUUCUGGUAACAGCUAUGUCAUUCUGGUGAAGAAUACUAAAUUCCUUUAGUGUUUGUGACCAG